CGGCCGCGGCGGCGCCGGGAGAGCCCAGGCGGCGGGAGCGCAGUGGUCAGACAGAAUGGCUCCAGUGAACCAGCCAAAGGACAAGAAGCGUGAGAGGGCAUGUCAGCAGUGGCCAGAAGAGGCAAAAUCAGCUGGGAAGAGGAAGCGGGACUAUGGAGAAAGAGGGAAUGAGAAACAAGAAAAGAAGUUGUUUGUGAGAAAAACAUCUAAACCCUCAGGGAAAGUUGAUUGCAGUGGAAGUGGAUUUGUGAUGAGAAACAAGAGAGCCCUUCCCUCUCAGCUGGAGCGGCGAUGCAGCAUUGUUCAUUAUGUCUACCAGAAAAUGCUGGGAGGCUCCAUUCAGGCACAGCUCAGGCAGAGAUUGGAGCUGGCUUUUCUGCAUUCUCUUUCCUCAUACUGCCUCUUCCGAAGAGCAAGUCCCUUUGACAGGAGAGUGACAUGUCUGGAAUGGCACCCAACACACCCCAGUACGCUAGCUGUCGGUUCCAAAGGUGGAGACAUCAUCCUUUGGGACUGUGAAGUACUUGCUAAAACCUGCUUCAUAAGGGGGAAAGGGCCAGGAGAUUCUCUCGGAGACAUCAAGUUCAGGCCUUUUGAGGCAGAGAAGCUUUAUGUGGCAUCAGGUGAUGGCACCCUAAGUCUGCAGGAUCUUGAGGGCAGAGCGGUGCAGGUGAUCUCUCGUGCCCUGGACUGUGGCCACGAGCAUCAUAAUGUUUGUUGCUGGUACUGCAGUGUGGACGUUUCUGCAAGCUGCCGUGUAGUGGUGACAGGUGAUAAUGUGGGCAACGUGGUCCUGCUCAGCACUUCUGGUGAAGAGAUCUGGAAGCUGAAAUUGCACAAGAAGAAAGUGACUCAUGUAGAGUUUAACUCCCGAUGUGAGUGGAUGUUUGCCACAGCAUCCGUGGAUCAGACAGUCAAAAUCUGGGACCUCAGAAACAUCAAAAAUAAAACAAACUUUCUUCAUCUGCUUCCACAUGAGAAACCUGUCAAUGCAGCUUACUUCAGCCCAACACAUGGUGCCAAGCUUCUGAGCACAGACCAGCACAAUGAAAUCAGGGUUUACUCAUCUUCAGACUGGACCAAGCCACAGCAUCUGAUUCCACAUCCACAUAGGCAGUUUCAGCACCUCACACCUAUUAAGGCGACGUGGCAUCCUCGCUAUGACCUCAUUGUCGUAGGUCGCUACCCAGACCCCAAGUUCCCUGGGUACACGCUGAACGAGCUGCGAACUGUGGAUGUGUUCGAUGGCAACACCGGCCAGAUGGUUUGCCAGCUCUACGAUCCAAAUGCUUCUGGCAUCAUCUCGCUCAAUAAAUUUAACCCUAUGGGAGACACACUGGCUUCUGGCAUGGGCUUUAAUAUUCUGAUCUGGAACCAGGAGGAGAUGGCAGCCAAGAAGCAUGAACGUCUUUUGAAAGCCAUGACAGACACAGAGAUGGAAUCAUGAGAGAACAGGGGAUUGGAAGCUGGAAUUCAUCCAGACAUGGAGGGCAGAGCCAGGCAAACCCUGGCACAAGCAAACUCAAAAGCUAAGUUAAUGUCUGGGGAGCUGGAGGAGAUGAAAACAAAAAAGCAGUGAUUCUAAAUCCUGGGGAAGGAAGCAAAAAGAGGUGGAUCUAGAGAACUGAUUUAGUAUUUUGAUCCUUUCUGAAUCCCAGGGUACCAAACUCAGUUGUUGGCAAUAAGCAGUAUAAGCCAUGCAAAGAACUAGACUUUGUCCUUCCUCCUUGGAUCUGAUUUUGCUUCCCUGAUCCUAUUGGCCUCCCUUUCUAGAAAGUUGUGUCAGUAGUUGGUUUCUCCAAGUGGAGUUACUACUUGUUUUCUGAGGCACUAGGAAAAUAUCUUGCUGAAGUUACUGCUUUCAGCCUACCAAACCUGUUUGUCAUCACUUGUCAGAGGUUUCCAUUUCCUGUAGUCUGCAGUGCAGCAGCUCAUGACAGGAUCCCCAGCCUGUUUUAGUCCAACCAAGUUGAGAAACCAUUUGCUAGCAGGAUUGACAUACUGAAAAGAUAGAAUGUUCACAGGGGUGAAGUCAUGGAUAGCUUGGGUAUCCUAGGAAACACCUAGCUCUCCCAAACGCAAACUUGGAAAAUGUGUUUCUUAAGACAUCAGGCUUAGCCUGUUCUCUGCUUGCAGCUGUUUUAACUGGACCACAAAGAACAGGAUGCCAGAGGUUUCUAUCAUUGACUGCAGGGACCGUAUGGAGCUGGGCACCUACUGAUUUUGUAGUUUCUAUUUUCAGAGUUCUAGGCUGUUUCUUGCCAAUGAUUAGGUAAUUUUUUUCACCCAUGUCUACGUGCUUCAGAAUGUUUGAUAAGAGUGUUAUAAAGCAGAAAUGAGGGAUUUCUUCCAAAUACCCCUGCUCAGAGUGAAAUCUCAAGACUGUUGUUAAACAGUUAAGUUUUGCUUUUUCUAGUUUGUUUACAAGGCUGCCUGGGGCCUUGCUGCUGUCCCAGAGGUUUAUGGGAUGGGCUCCAAGCCUGUGCAGAUUCUCC